AUGAUCUACGGAUACAACUCGAAGCUAUUAAGCCGCGGAGUCGAUACGGUCCUCGACUACGGGCGGGAGCUAAUGGAGGAGAUCAAGAAGAUUCGGACUACGAAGAAGACGAUGGAGGAAGACCACCCGGCGAUCACGUCACUACAUCGAGCCACGUACGGCAUGAUCCUCUUUGCCAUCCUAUAUAAAGGAUUAAAACGCACUAGGGAAUUUGUGACGACGGUUAGCGCAGACUCGGCUCUUCUCCAGCUCCCCGACCACGAAGAGGACAAGGUGCCGCUACAUACGGAUCACUCAAUAAUCGUAAAAUUCGAUAAGCGCGACGCGGCCGGGUAUCAAUCGGUGCGCGAUAGACUCCAACAAUUUUCGAAAGACGCGCCAUCAAUCGUGGCGGGUCGGUUUAUGCCUUUCAAGAAGGAUCCCAUGUUUGUGGGACGUGAAGCUAUUAUCACAGUAAUCAAGGAAAGACAUAGGGCGAUCGGUCAGCGUCAUAAGCGGGUGGCAUUAGUAGGGUUAGCCGGCGUUAGAAAAACUCAGACAGCCAUUAAGUAUUCCUAUCGCUUAUGUGAUUCACGAAAUAGGCGCUGGCUGAUAGUGCUCGAUAAUACGGAUAAAGAUACUAUCUUUUUCAGUGGCAAUACAUCCAAUAACCGAGGGCCACUAGUAAGCUUCCUACCCCAGGCCGAGCAUAGAUCAAUUCUGAUCACAUCGCGAAACGGCCUCGCGGCGCGGAAUCUAGUAGGGAGCGAUAGUCAUGUGAUCACAGUUCAGCCAAUAAAUAAGGAAGAGUCCCUCGCCCUAUUGCGAGCAAGAAUUCCGUCCCCCAACCCUGGAGGGACUAGACAGGACGAGAAGAGACUAGUACGGGCCCUAGAAUAUAUUCCGUUAGCAGUCACCCAGGCGGCGUCCUAUAUUACGAAUCGAUCGCCUCGGGUUACUGUCUCCCGGUACCUUCAGUUAUUCCGUGAGGGCGAGUCGAACCAGACCCAUCUUCUUCAGCAUAAGGACGCUAAAGACCUCCGGCGGGACCCCAGUAUUCGGCAUACGGUCAUUACCACAUGGCAGCUAUCCUUCGAGCAAAUUCGUCGAGACCGGCCGGCGGCGACGGAUUUACUAGCAUUAAUAAGCAUGUUUGAUCGGCAGGGGAUUCCCGAAAGCCUUAUCCGUACCGAUAGGGAUGGGCUCCAUUUUGAAGAUUCAGUGGCGCCGUUGAUCAGCUAUUGUCUUAUUCGUGUUAAUAUUGAGACAGCGUCAUUUGAUAUGCACCGAAUCGUACAGUUAUCGGUCCGGACAUGGCUGAGUUUUCGCCACGAGCUAGUACUAUGGCAGAAACGGUCCCGGGUGAUCAUAGCACAAUUAUUUCCCGAUGGACAGUACGAGAGCUGGACUGAAUGCCAAAGACUGUUUCCGCAUGCAAAAGAGGUGAUGAAGUGGGUAUCUAACGGGCAGGAACAGGACCGACUGCACAUAGCGACUAUCUCCUUUAAUUGCGGAUGGUAUUUACUACUUAGAGGAAAAUAUGAAGACGCCGAAGAAAUGCAUCGACAGGCAGUGGAAGGAAGAGAAAAGGUACUAGGACACGAGCAUCCCGAGGUGCUCGCCAGUGUCAAUAAUCUUGCUGUCGUGCUUGACAGCCAAGGCAAAUAUGAAGAGGCGGAAGCAAUGCAUCGACGGGCAUUGAAAGGACGAGAAAAGACACUUGGGCGCGAGCAUCCUAGUACUCUCACUAGUAUCAAUGGCCUUGCCUCAGUGCUCUCUGGACAAGGGAAAUAUCAAGAGGCGGAAGCGAUGCAUCGACAGGCGCUUGAAGCUUGGGAGAAAGUUCUUGGAUGUAAGCAUCCUCACACACUCAACAGUGUCAGUAAUCUUGCCUUAGUACUCGACAGCCAAGGGGAAUUUGAAGAGGCGGAAGUGAUGCAUCGACGGGCGUUGGAAGGAAGAGAGAAGACACUUGGACGCGAGCAUCCUGAGACGCUCGCCAGUGUCAAUAAUCUUGCUGUCGUGCUUGACAGGCAAGGGAGAUAUGAAGAGGCGGAAGCGAUGCAUCGACGGGCAUUGGAAGGAAAUGAGAAGACACUUGGACAUGAGCAUCCCGACACACUCACCUGCGUUGAUAACCUCGGCUCGGUGCUCUUUAGCCAAAUGAAACAGGAAGGGGCGGAGGCGAUGCAUCGACGGGCGCUGGAAGCACGAGAAAAAGUUCUUGGAUGUGAGCAUCCUGACACGCUCUCCAGUGUUAGUAAUUAUGCCUUACUGCUUGGCAGCCAAGGGAAAUUCGAAGAGGCGGAAGUGAUGCAUCGACGGGCGUUGAAAGCACGAGAGAAAGUGCUUGGAUAUGAGCAUCCUAGUACCCUCACCAGCGUCAAUAACCUAGGCAAUGUUCUUGAAAAUCAAGGCCAAUACGAAGACACGGAAGCAUUAUAUCGACGAGCGUUAAAAGGCAGUGAGAAUGUGGUUGGAUAUGAGCAUCCUGACACGCUCACCAGUGUCAGUAACCUUGGAUCACUGCUGUCCAGGCAAGGAAAAUAUCGAGAGGCUGAAGCGAUGCACCGCCGGGCGGUACAAGGGAGUGAGAAGGUGCUUGGACAAGAGCAUCCCGACACACUUAUCAGUGUCAGUAAUCUUGCCUUAGUGCUUGACAGUCAAGGGAAGUAUGAAGCAGGGGAGGUGAUGCAUCGACGAGCGUUAAAAGGGAGUGAGAAGGUACUUGGAUGUGAGCAUCCCGACACGCUCAUCAGUGUCAGUAAUCUUGGCGUGAUGCUCUCUAGGCAAGGGAAAUGCCGAGAGGCGGAAGCGAUGCAUCGACGGGCAAUGAAAGCGCGAGAGAAGGUGCUUGGGCCCAAGCAUCCUGACACUCUCAUCAGUGUCAGUAAUCUUGGCGUGGUGCUCUCCAGACAGGGGAAAAGUGAAGAGGCGGAAGCGAUGCAUCGACGAGCCCUAGACGAAGGAGGAGAAAAGGUGCUUGGGGCUGAACAUGCCCAAGUGUGCUGUAACUAG